AUGCCGGUUCAGGGUAUCGGGAGCCAGGAAUCCCAAGAGCGGCGUUUGCCUGGCCCUGGACCUUCCAGCUACAGUUUUAUUCUGAGCAUUAGUGAAGAGGAAGCCAGGGUGAAGGCUUUGAACGAGUACCUGAGCACUCGUAGUUAUAUCCAGGGGUUCACAUUUUCACAUGCAGAUGUGGAGGUAUUCAGAAAGUUUUCGGGGCCACCUGUGGACCAGUAUAUCCAUGUUGUCCGGUGGUACAGACACAUAGAAGCAAUCUAUGAUGGCAGCAGUGAAAAAAAUGACCCUUGUAAACUUCAAACAAGCAAAGGCAAACGUGUGCAGCCCCCCUGGUCUGCCCCUGAAGGGACAAAACAUUCUAGGCUCUGCCUCUAUAACAGCCUGACACGCAGUAAGGAAGUAUUUCAGCCUCAGAAUGGAAGAAAGGUCUUGUGGUACUGUUGCGGUCCAACAGUUUAUGAUGCCUCUCACAUGGGACAUGCCAGGUCAUAUAUCUCGUUUGAUAUCUUGAGAAGAAUCUUGAGGGAUUAUUUUAAAUAUGACAUUUUCUAUUGUAUGAAUAUUACAGAUAUUGAUGAUAAGAUCAUCAAGAGAGCAAGACAAAAUUACCUUUUUGAACAGUAUAGAGAGAAAAAAUUAGCACCAGAUCAGCUACUUGAAGAUGUUAAAACUGCCUCAGAGCUCUUUUCAGUUAAAUUAAAUGAGACAACAGACCCAGAUAAAAAACAAAUGUUGGAAAGAAUUCAAAAUGCAGUGAGGUCUGCAUUUGGUCCUCUACAACAAGCUGUGCAAACAAAACUCCCUGCAGAAGAGAUCAACAGAUGUCAAGAGAUCCUGUUGGAAGAAGCCAAAGAUCUGCUGUCUGACUGGUUGGAUGCAAAAUUAGGCAGUCAAGUGACUGACAAUUCCAUAUUCUCCAAGCUCCCCAAAUUCUGGGAAGGGGAAUUUCAUAAAGAUAUGGAAGCACUCAACGUUUUACCUCCAGAUGUUUUAACACGGGUUAGUGAAUAUGUGCCAGAAAUUGUGGAUUUUGUGAAAAAGAUUGUGGAUAAUGGUUAUGGGUAUGUGUCCAAUGGAUCUGUAUACUUUGAUACUAUGAAGUUUGAUUCCAGUGAAAAACACUCCUAUGCUAAAUUGGUUCCUGAAGCUGUAGGUGAUCAAAAAGCUCUGCAAGAGGGUGAAGGUGACCUGAGCAUCUCGGCUGAUCGCCUAAGUGAGAAACAUUCUCCAAAUGAUUUUGCUUUGUGGAAAUCCUCCAAGCCAGGAGAGCCCUCAUGGGACUCUCCAUGGGGAAAGGGUCGUCCAGGAUGGCACAUUGAAUGUUCUGCAAUGGCUGGAUCCCUUCUAGGAGAAUCAAUGGAUAUUCAUGGAGGAGGGUUUGAUCUCCGAUUUCCCCACCAUGACAAUGAACUGGCACAGUCUGAGGCCUACUUUGAAAACGAUCAUUGGGUUCGGUACUUUCUGCACACUGGCCAUUUAACAAUUGCUGGCUGUAAAAUGUCCAAAUCUUUGAAGAAUUUCAUUACCAUAAAAGAUGCACUGAAGAAACAUACAGCACGACAGUUACGGUUGGCUUUCCUCAUGCACUCUUGGAAAGAUACACUGGAUUAUUCAAACAAUACCAUGGAGUCAGCUAUUCAGUAUGAGAAGUUUAUGAGUGAAUUCUUUUUAAAUGUGAAGGAUAUUCUUCGGGCUCCCACUGAUGUGACAGGCCAGUUUCAGAAAUGGGAAAAUCAGGAAGCAGAGCUGAAUAAAAAUUAAGUGGAUUUUUACGACAAGAAGGCAGCAAUCCAUGAAGCACUGUGUGACAAUAUUGACACUCGCUCUGUCUUAGAAGAAAUGCGUUCGUUAGUCAGUCAGAGUAACUCCUAUAUUGCUGCAAAGAAAUCUUCCAGACAAAUGCCAAACAGGCUUCUUUUAGAAAACAUCAGUUCCUAUCUCACUCAAAUGCUAAAGAUUUUUGGUGCCAUAGAAAGUCCAGACUCAGUUGGUUUUCCUGUUGGAGGGAACAGUCAAAACAUAAAUAUUGAAUCUACAGUGAUGCCAUAUCUACAAGUUCUUUCUGAGUUCAGAGAAGGAGUACGACAAAUUGCCAGAGAGAAGAAAGUAACUGAAGUGCUGCAGCUGAGUGAUACUCUUCGAGAUGACAUCCUUCCUGAACUUGGUGUUCGAUUUGAAGAUCAUGAAGGACUUCCAACUGUGGUUAAAUUAGUGGAUAAGGACACAUUAUUGAAAGAAAGAGAAGAAAAGAAAAAGCUUGAAGAAGAGAAAAAAAGGAAGAAAGAAGAAGCAGCCAGGAAAAAACAAGAGCAGGAAGCAGCAAAACUGGCAAAAAUGAAGAUUCCACCACAUGAAAUGUUUAAAUCAGAAUAUGACAAAUAUUCUGUGUUUGAUGAAAACGGAUUCCCUACCCAUGAUACAGAAGGCAAAGAACUCAGCAAAGGACAAAUUAAGAAGCUAAAGAAACUUUAUGAAACCCAAGAGAAGCUAUACAAGGAGUAUCUACAAAUGGUUCAGAAUGGAAGUGCAAAUUGAAAACAACAGGACUUUUUUUUUUUUUUAGAAGGCAAGUGCUAGGUCACCAUUGAAGAAGUGAGCAUACACUGAUGCUCAGAUCUCUGUUUACACUUUCUAUUAUGUGCAAAGUAAAAAUCCUGACUACGUGGAUUAAUCAUGUCAUCUGGAAAGUCAAUAAAAAUCCAUUCUUAAAAGAAGCCAAUCUGUAAGAACUUUCUUCACAACAACAGUAGCAGGUUGAAUGGUUGCCAGUUCUGUUUGGGAAUGUGCUGCUCAGUCAGCAAAUCCACAUAAGGAUUCUUGGUGUUUUAUAUCUGUCCAGGCUUGGUUAAUUUGUCCUGCAUACUGCUAUCUAUCUAAAAUCUACUGUAGCUUGCAUUCUGGAAUAUAUCACAAUCAACAACAUUUAGUACAAAAUGGGAGUUGAGUAGUUUGUCCCACAAUAAGAAAGGUAUUUUCCAGAUGACUUUAGUAUAUUUCCAUAAGCAGGAAAACUGGGUAGUU